CCCAGCAGCCCCGGGAGCAGGCAAACGGCGCGCCACGUGCUCCCCCAGAGCAGCCUCCCCAUCCCGGCUGCCGUCCAUCUUGGAGCCGGGCAAAGAAAUAAUACGGGGCCUACCCUCGCUCCGCACCACGCGGAGACCGCUGGCCGGAGGGCUGCAACGCGGAGCGGAACCACUGACACUCCUACAGCGAGGCACGCUUGGACAGAGAGAUCACAGUCCUCUACCGAGCAAUUUAUUGCUCAGCCCGAGUCCAAGAUGGCGCCUAAAGCUGACGUAUACAAGAUCUCGUGAGAGAGAAAGCACGAGAUUUGGAGGUGCCCGCGCUUCGGCGCGAGGGGAGGGACUCCCUACCGGUUGCUGGCCUAUGGAGGCAUAGGAAAGGGUAGGGGGUGGGGCGUGAGCGCCGCAGUGUAUGCCGGGGCUGUGUUGCCUGGGGCGGGGCUUAACUCCAGACCAAAGCGCGGGACUGAUGAAAGUACGGAUCCCGGGAAGUCGUUGGCGCCCUGGGAGUUAAACAAAGCGUGGUAGCCUCUGAGGUACUAACCCCUGCUGUAGGCUGACGUUCUGUUUUAAGUUAUAACUCUUCCCUGAGCCACGUUACCCCGACACGGCCCACAGCCGCUCUGUCCCCGCCACGGGUCAGCACCUGCGGUGGAGCUGCAGGCCGCUUUCUCCGGAUCAGGAAUACCAAAUAAAAAAAGGCUCUCGACAUUGCAGAGAUUAGAGAAGUGAAAAAAAAAAAAAAUCUAAAGAUGAAGGCAUAUCAGACCAUUUACAGGCAGCUCAGAAGUUCAAAGGGGUUUUCUGUAGUACCAGCCCCACUUGUGAAUUUCUCUACUUCCCCUUAUUCAUGUGGCCGGAAGAAAAAAAACCCUUAUGAAGAAGUGGACCAAACAAAAUACUCUACUUUAAUAAGGUCUGUCUUGUCGUUCAGAGGCCUUGCCCAGACCCCAGAAUCAUUGUUUGAGGAAGAUUCUUUACUAUAUGGACCUGUGAGUAAGCAUAAGCCCCCAAAGCAAGAUAAGGGGGCCAGAGUUCCACGAAACUGGUUUCCCAUCUUCAAUCCAGAGAGAAAUGACUCUUCUGAUCCAAAUACAAACGAUUUUUCAACGCCUUUGAAAAUCCCUUUGCAAAGGACUAUGAUACCAAGUGUGACCCGGGUACUUCAGCAGACCAUGACAGCGCAACAGGUUUUCUAUUUGGAGAAGUGGAAACAGCGAAUGAUUCUGGAGCUGGGAGAAGAUGGCUUUGCAGAAUACACCUCAAACAUCUUUUUACAGGGGAAGCAGUUUCAUGAAGCCUUGGAAAGCAUACUUUCACCCCAGGGGAACAUAAAAGAGAGAGAUGAAAAUCUCCUCAAAUGUGGCUACAUCGAAAGCAUCCAACAUAUUCUGAAAGAUGUCAGUGGAGUGCGAGCUCUUGAAAGUGCUGUUCAGCAUGAGACCUUAAAGUAUGUAGGUCUGCUGGACUGUGUGGCUGAGUAUCAGGGCAAGUUGUGUGUGAUUGAUUGGAAGACAUCAGAGAAACCAAAGCCUUUUAUCCGAAAUACAUAUGACAACCCUCUACAAGUUGUGGCAUAUGUGGGUGCCAUAAACCAUGAUGCCAACUACAGUUUUCAGGUUCAGUGUGGCUUAAUUGUGGUGGCCUACAAAGAUGGAUCCCCUGCCCACCCACAUUUCAUGGAUGCAGAGCUCUGUUCCCAGUACUGGACCAAGUGGCUUCUUCGGCUAGAAGAAUAUGCAGAAAAGAAAAAGAACCAGCAUAUUCAAAAAGCAGAUUAGAGCUGGGUACAGUGGUGCAAGCCUGUAAUCCCAUCUGUUUGGGAAGCAGAGGCAGGAGGAUCACAAGUUCAAGGAUAGCCUGGGUAACUUACUGAAAUCUUGUUUCCAAAUAAAAAAUAAGGCUGGGAGUGUACCUCAGUGGUAGAGUGCCACUGGGUUCAAUCCCCAGUACCAGAAAAGCAAUAAAACAGUACAGUAUACCUUUUGGAAACAUUGAGUACUUUCUCAUUGUUUAGACAGAUUUACUGUAUUCUCAAAGUGGAGGUAUCACUGAAUCUUAAGAGCUAUAUUAACACAAGAAAAAAUAUUAAUUUGUUGAAAACAUAUUGUUACUGAAAAGCCAGAAAAAUCUAGAUUUAAAGAGCUAGACAUCAGCAUGUGAAAUACCAACUAUUGCUGCCUCUGACUAUUAUUUACCUGAAAACAGGGCAAGCAGGAUUGGUAAUCACAUUUGUAGAACUUACUGUGUUCCUGGUACAAUGCCCAGUCUUUGAAUUGAGAUUGGAAGGCAGUGGGGCUUGAUGUGCCAAGGGUUCAUGGGGAGAGAAGGGACCGCAUACCCCCAGGGACUGUAAAGGUUGAGGGAGACCUUUAUACUUGUUCUGUACACUUCUGUAUUCAUGUGUAUUCUUCCCCCCCACCCACCCCAGGUACUGCAUAUAUUCCUAUAGCCUGUAAUUUUCCCAGCAUGUGUAUAGAAUGAUGAUAUACAUCAGUCAAUCACCACUGCCAAUGCAAUUUACUAAAACUUGCUUUUAUAUACUGGAAUUCUCUAUAUAUUUCUCUAUUUAGGGGGAAAACUUACAUUGAACACUAACUGCAUACAUAUGUGAUUAUUUAACCUGGAGUAAACAUUGCUAUCUGGAAAGGUAGAGCAAAUUUACCAUAUCAUUGGCAGUAUCCCACGGCAUACCAGAUAACCCCAGAAGUAGCCAGACAUGUGGAAAUGGUCAUUGUAGGUGUUUUAGUAAUUGCUUCUGCUUUCAGUCAGCUGAUGCUAUAAUAGAAAAUUUAUCAUUCAGAACUUUGUAGCUAUGGGGAACACUAAUGAAAUCCAUUAAGUUUUUUCUAUUUGAUAGGUAAUAAAAACAAUUAGUUGUUCUUGGGUUUGAGAAAGUUAAAUAAAUGCCUAUUAUUGCUUUCCUUUUAUUAGUCAUUGUAAGAAAUAAAAUACAAGACAGGAGUAAUGAGGUUUUUGGUUUUUGUCUGGAUUUAAAUCUGUGUUUAUAGGUAACUUCAUAAACCUGGAAAUUGUUUUGACUUUUUUUUUUAACUUUAAAAAAAUUUUUUUUCAUACAUGUAUAUAGGGAAAAAA